UGGAAAAUCGACCAGAGUAAAGUCAUGUGGUGGGUGAAGUUCGAGGAAAAGGUAGAGGAGGGAGGGGAGAGGUGGAGUAAACCCCAUGUGUCCACACUGUCCCUGCACAGUCUUUUUGAGCUCAGGACAUGUCUCCAGACAGGAACAGUGCUGCUGGAUUUGGACGGCUACUCGCUGCCUCAAAUAGUUGAUGACAUCAUUGAGAGACAGAUAGAGGAAGGCAUGAUAUCUCCUGAUCUCAGAGAAAAGAUCAGCUUUGUCCUGCUGAGGAAGCAUCGACACCAGACCAAGAAACCGAUCCACCGUUCCUUAGCUGACAUUGGCAAGUCCAGCUCUUCUACCAAUCGGAAUGUUGGACCCCGAGGUGGAACGGGUCCGGGGCAAAUGGCCAACUUCAACAGGUCCACAGAGGACCUCCGAAUAAAGCAGCAGUCAGCAGCCAACUAUGGCCGCCUGCGUCACGCCCAGAGUAGGAGUAUGAAUGAUAUCGCGGACACUCCAAGCACAGACCAGUUGAAAAAUAAAUUCAUGAAGAAGAUCCCCAGAGACGCGGAGGCUUCCAAUGUCUUAGUAGGCGAGGUGGACUUCCUCAACAAACCUUUUGUAGCGUUUGUUCGCCUGGCCCAAGCUACAACUCUAGGAGGUCUGACAGAGGUCCCUGUUCCCACCAGAUUUCUGUUUAUUCUGCUGGGGCCCCAAGGAAAGGCCAAGUCGUAUAAUGAGAUCGGCAGAGCAAUAGCAACUCUAAUGGUGGAUGAUCUCUUCAGUGAUGUAGCCUACAAGGCAAGAGAUCGGGAAGAUCUUAUUGCAGGAAUAGAUGAGUUUCUGGAUGAAGUGAUUGUGCUUCCACCUGGGGAAUGGGAUCCCAAAAUCCGCAUUGAGCCGCCUAAGAAGGUUCCCUCGGCUGACAAAAGGAAGUCAGUAUUUUCCCUAAAUGAGCUGGGACAGAUGAACGGCACAGCUGGCGGAGGAGGAGGCCUGGCAGAAGACGAGGAGAUGCCAGUUCAGCAUGAGCUUGGAGAGGAGCUGGCAUUCACUGGACGGUUCUGUGGGGGUUUGUACCUGGACAUAAAGAGGAAAUUGCCGUGGUUCCCUAGUGAUUUCUACGAAGGGUUCCACAUUCAGUCCAUCUCCGCUGUGCUUUUCAUCUACUUAGGCUGCAUCACCAAUGCCAUCACCUUUGGUGGGCUCCUUGGGGACGCCACUGACAAUUACCAGGGUGUGAUGGAGAGUUUCCUGGGUACAGCCCUGGCUGGUUCUGUCUUCUGUUUCUUUGGUGGUCAGCCUCUCAUCAUCCUCAGUUCCACUGGACCCAUCCUCAUCUUUGAAAAGCUACUGUUUGAAUUCAGCAAGAACAACAGCAUAGAUUACAUGGAGCUGCGUCUGUGGAUCGGCAUGCACUCAUGCCUGCAGUGUUUCAUCCUCGUAGCUACAGAUGCCAGUUACAUCAUCAAAUACAUGACGCGUUUUACAGAGGAGGGCUUCUCCAGCCUUAUAUCCUUCAUCUUCAUCUCCGACGCCAUCAAGAAGAUGGUGGGCGCCUUCAAAUAUUAUCCCAUCAACACAGACUUUAAGCCCGACUAUGUCACCACCUACAAGUGCGAGUGCCUGGCCCCAGACCCGAUGGCUGCAAUGAUCUUCAAUGGUUUAGCUCCAAUGCCAGAUAACAGCUCUAGUGUCUCUGGGUUGAAUGUGACAGCUCUGGACUGGAGCCAGCUAAGCAAGAAGGAGUGUGUGAAGUACGGAGGCUCUCUGGUGGGAAAGUCCUGCAAGUACGUCCCCGAUCUGGCCCUCAUGUCCUUCAUCCUCUUCUUUGGCACCUACUCCAUGACCGUCUCCCUCAAGAAGUUCAAGUUUAGCCGCUACUUCCCAACCAAGCUGAGGAAACUCAUCAGUGACUUCUCUAUCUUCAUGUCCAUCAUGACCUUUGUUGGGCUGGAUAUGUUAAUGGGACUCAAAACCCCCAAGCUUAUUGUCCCAACAGAAUUUAAGCCAACUCGACCGGGUCGUGGCUGGCUUGUGAUGCCUUUUGGGAAGAAUCCGUGGUGGGUGUAUCUGGCCAGCUUUGUGCCCGCCCUGCUUGUCACCAUCCUCAUCUUCAUGGAUCAGCAGAUCAGCGCUGUCAUUGUUAACCGCAAGGAGAACAAACUUAAGAAAGGCUGUGGCUAUCACCUGGAUCUGUUCUGGGUUGGAGUCCUGAUGGCCACGUGCUCCUUCUUGGGUCUGCCCUGGUACGUGGCUGCCACCGUCAUCUCUAUCGCUCACAUCGACUCUCUGAAGAUGGAGAGUGAAUCGAGUGCUCCAGGAGAGCAGCCGCAGUUCCUCGGGGUCAGAGAACAAAGAAUGACAGGCAUACUGGUGUUUGUUCUCACUGGAGUCUCCAUCUUCCUUGCUCCUGUACUUAAGUUCAUCCCCAUGCCUGUGCUGUACGGUGUCUUCCUCUACAUGGGUGUAGCGUCUCUCAGUGGAAUCCAGUUCUGGGACAGGAUAAAGUUGUACAUGAUGCCUUCCAAGCACCAACCUGACUUCACCUACCUGCGUCAUGUUCCUCUCAGGAGGGUACACCUGUUCACUCUGAUCCAGAUUAUAUGUCUGGCUGUGCUCUGGGUCCUCAAGUCCACCUUCUUGGCCAUCAUAUUUCCCGUUAUGAUCCUGGGUCUGAUGGUGGUCAGAAAGAUGCUGGACAUGGUCUUCUCCCAGCACGACUUGGCGUGGCUGGAUGACCUCCUGCCUGAAAAAGAGAAGAAGAAGAAGGAUGAUGACAAGAAGAAGGGGAAGGAGAAGGAGAAAGAGAAGAAGAAGCCCAAACCUGAUGACAGUGAGGAGGAGGACAAGUACCACGGCUACGCGAACCACUCACCCAGCUCUGAGUCAGACUUGGAUCGAAGCAUCACCCUCCAUUUGAAGAUCUCCUGCCCGUCGUCUCCAACCAUGCCCAUGGGCCGAGGAAUGCCGUGCCCGGUACCCCAGGUCAAGAUUGAGAUGGAGUCAGAUUACGAUUCAGACAUCGACCACCACCGGCCUCGUGACAUGAGCAGUGAGACCACAUUAUAAAGCUGAGACACGAUAUCUCAUUGACUGAAGAACAUAAAACAAAGUGUGGACAGACUACUGAAAGCAGCCAGUGCUGACCCGCAGACAGCACAGGAGGGCACAGACACCCGACAGCUGAACCCAGUGAGAUGGGACUGAUGCAAUAACUGCACUUAAGAUAAGACUGCACUUGGAUAGGUUUUUUUUAAAAUAUUAUUUUAAACUGGUCCAUUUGGCAUACAUUGCUCUGAAUAGUACAUUGAAAACUAUAUACUUGUGUAUGUGUAUAAUGUAAAGGACUGUAACAAGCGGAAAUAUUUAUCUGUAUAGUGUUUGUUGUGAAAAUGUAUCUUAUUAUAGCUAUAUUGUACUAUCAUUGUAAUUACACUAAAUCCACACUAUUCAAGGCCCAAACUUACUGUACUAUGCUCUCAUAAGCCUGCGUGUACAGAAUUGGAUUUCAGUGCAAGAGACAUGAAAAUAAGCAAUACCUUAGCAACCAGAGCCAU